CAAAGUAAGUACAAACCGAAAAUCAAAAAUCCAUCAUAAACUUCCCUUUAGUUCAUACACGACGCGUCAUAGGUCGAGAGUCUCAAUUCUUCACAACAUUAUAUUAUAAUCAUGGCAGAUUUAGAAUUGGCGGCGCGUCUACGAUAUUUGAAUGAGUCGGCACAUUUCCUAGCGACAUCGGCACCCACUACCUCGAAAUAUUUGAUGUCACAGUGCAAUUCUUUAAUGUUUGACCACGAAAUUGAACAACCCGAGUCUCAAAAACGCCAAUCAUGUGGUGUCUGCGGGACUAUUAUGAUAUCGGGAUGGGAAGGAAAACUGGAAGUCAAAUCCCAAAGCUCCAACAAGAAGCUACAUCGAAAGAAGCCAGCUGUAGCCUCUAGUGAGGAAAAGGCUGUAAUUUAUACAUGCUAUUCUUGCAAUAAAAAAGCAAGACAUCAUUUGGGUUCUGCGCCAGUGGUAUCUAGGUCUAAGAUGAGCGCAAUAAAUCGUGGAGCUGUCUCUAAAAAUGGUUCCUUGCCGGCACAGUCCUCGACAACUACGAAUACUACAGCUAUGCCCUCUACAAGUGCAAGUAGCAAGAAAAGGGCCAAAAAUCGCAAGCUGGGUGGGCUUGGAGCUUUGCUGGCGAAACAAAAAGCGUCAGAGGCAAGUUCGUCGGGCUUUGGCCUUGAUUUGAUGGAUUUAAUGAGGAAGGCUUGAAUGUCACUGGAUAGUGGCUAAAAUAUUUGAAGAUGUAGGGUCACGAUUCGACACAGCAUUAAGGUUAACAGGCAAAAGAAGUUUUACUCUGGAAAAUAACAAGACCGAGUCUCCAGAAAACACAAUCAUGAAUCGAAUACAUGCGACAUUCUAUCCAGACAGUCGAUAUUAGGAUCUUCCCCUCACUGUCGCCAAAGUUUGGAUUAUGCCGUAUGUUAGACAACGCUUAAUACACCGUGAGAGACAUUAAACUCCCGGAGCUCUUCGUUCUGACUAUUGAUAGCAAAAGAACGAUAACACGAAUUCAAAUUUGGACCUUCGUCACAGCUACAAAAUUUUCCUCGACCCCUCUCGUCUGGACAAUGACAAACCAGAGCUUCCACAGCCUUCUCGGACUUUCAGCCUGACGCUCGAUGAGGUAACGCGCCACGCUAAAAUGUCAUAACCAGGGUCGAAUCUUAUCAGGCGUCGAAAAAUAUAAUUUCGCAACCCCUCAUAAUAAUUGCCCCUCCCAAAUUUUACAAUAAUUAUUGUUCUGCAUCAUAAAAUCAUAACAAUUCAGAAACAACAAUAAAAUUUUA